CGCCUUACCUCCCCGGGUUUCACUUUUCAAGAUGGCCGCCGCAUCAGCCCGGGGUGUCUCCGCGCUCCGUCGCUGCUGCCUCCUGGGACUCCCGGUUUGAUCAUCUCGACGUCGCUCCUGCUCAACGCCUGCAGCCGUUUGUGUCUCCCGCUAGGACUCUCCUAAGGUUAUCGUCACUCCAUACCAAGACUGGUGGACUUUGGUGAGGUUGGCUUGAGAGGAGCUUGGUGUGUGCUAUGGUGAGCCAGCCUCCGGGCAGCGCCAGCCUCCUUUCCUCCCUCCAGGACCAAGGAUAAUCCUCUAUGGAUAUACAGUCAUCAUGGUGAAGCUGGCUAAUCCUUUGUAUACGCAAUGGAUCCUGGAGGCCAUCAGGAAGGUGAAGAAACAGAAGCAGCGCCCCUCGGAGGAGCGCGUCUGCAACGCCGUGUCCACUUCGCACGGCCUGGAUCGCCACACUGUCUUGGAGCAGCUGGAGCUCAGUGUUAAAGAUGGAACAGUACUUAAGGUUACCAACAAGGGGCAGAACUCCUACAAAGACCCUGAUAACCCAGGCCGCCUGGCACUACCUAAGACUGUCAGGAACUCGGGGCGGCCCGAGGGUUUGGACUGGCAGUGGCUCUUGAGGAAGGCACUAGAGGGUCUCUCCGAGCCUGGGGGCUCUUCUCUGAAGAGCAUUGAACGCUUUCUGCGUAGUCAGAGGGAUGUGGUGGCAACCUAUGGGGGCAAUACAAGUCCAACUUCAGCUUUCCACCAGCAGUUACGACUUGCUAUCAAGCGGGCUCUGGGCCAUGGGAGAAUUAUAAAGGAGGGCGCUUUUUACUUGCUGAAUUCCAAGCUAAUGGAGGUCAAACUAGGAUGGGAAUCAUUGGCCUCGCUGCCGCCAGUGUGUUUACUGCCUCAUGAAAAAGACAAGCCGGUCGCUGAGCCCAUCCCAAUAUGCAGUUUUUGUCUAGGAACAAAAGAGCAUAAUCGAGAAAAGAAACCAGAGGAACUCAUAUCAUGUGCGGACUGCGGAAACAGCGGUCACCCGUCCUGUCUCAAGUUCUCUCCAGAGCUGACAAUACGUGUUAAAGCCCUGCGCUGGCAGUGUAUUGAAUGCAAGACCUGCAGUUCGUGCCGAGAUCAGGGCAAAAAUGCUGACAAUAUGCUAUUCUGUGACUCGUGUGACCGAGGGUUUCACAUGGAAUGCUGUGAGCCGCCUCUUACAAGAAUGCCGAAAGGCAUGUGGAUAUGUCAGAUUUGUCGACCUCGGAAGAAAGGUAGAAAGUUACUUCACAAGAAGGCCGCGCAGAUCCGCCGACGUUACACUAACCCCAUAGGGCGCCCCAAGAAUCGUUUAAAGAAACAAAGUGCAACGACUAAAAACCCUUUUGGAAAAGGCCGUGGCAGCCAAGGCAGAGGGAGGAAGCGCAAGAUGUCGUCUUGUACGUCCUCGUCAUCAGACGAAGAUGGCAGGAGCUCCGAGCCCUCGCAUCGCUCCUCCGGUGCCCUUCCGUUCAACAAGAAGACAAAAGGUCUUAUCGAUGGGCUGACAAAGUUCUUCACCCCCUCUCCUGAUGGACGCAAGGCACGGCCAGAAUCCUUGGACUACUCCUUACAGCGUUCACGCAAGAGAGGACCACGGAAGUCCGGACAGGCAGAUUGGGACAAUCACGACGGUUGGGAUAACAGAGGGGAUGGGGAUGAUCAUUUAGCAAUGGUUUCAGAUAAAGAAAUAGAGCUCUUUGAAGACAUCCAGCAGCAGGCACUGCAGAAAGUUGGUGUCAAUGGCCCCCCGGACCCACAGGUUCGCUGCCCGUCAGUCAUAGAAUUUGGAAAAUAUGAAAUUCAAACAUGGUACUCCUCUCCAUAUCCACAAGAGUACACAAGGCUUCCCAAGUUGUACCUAUGUGAAUUUUGCCUCCGUUACAUGAAAAGUCAAACCAUGCUGCAACAGCACAAGAAAAAAUGUGGCUGGUUCCAUCCGCCUGCCAACGAAAUCUACCGCAAGGACCACCUUUCCGUCUUUGAGGUGGAUGGAAAAGUGAGCACCAUCUACUGCCAAAAUCUCUGUCUUCUGGCCAAGCUCUUCCUGGACCACAAGACCCUGUAUUACGACGUCGAGCCCUUCCUCUUCUACGUGCUAACGCAGAAUGACGCUAAAGGAUGUCACCUGGUCGGCUAUUUCUCCAAAGAGAAGCACUGCCAGCAAAAGUACAACGUGUCCUGCAUCAUGAUCCUUCCGCAAUACCAGAGAAAAGGAUACGGCCGCUUCCUCAUAGACUUCAGUUAUCUUCUGUCUAAACGAGAAGGCCAAGCCGGGUCUCCCGAGAAACCACUGUCUGAUCUUGGCCGACUGUCGUAUAUGGCUUAUUGGAAGAGCGUGGUGCUGGAGUGUUUGCACCACAACCGGGAGCAGCAGCUGAGCAUCAAUAAACUCACCAAACUGACGGGCAUUUGUCCUCAGGACAUCGCUGCCACGCUGCAGCAGUUGCACAUGCUGGAAUUGCGAGGGGACCGCAUUGUGCUGGUGCGACGAGAUCAGCAGAUCGACGCACAUAUGAACAAACUACAAGCCCGGCCACGGCAAGUGGAGGUAGAUCCAGAAGCUCUGAGGUGGACCCCAGUCAUUGUCAGCAACUCUGUCGUUUCUGAUGCUGAAGUGGAAUCCGACGAGGAGGAAGAGGAGACAGAAAGGCAACCAAUCAAUAACAGCAAUCAGCCAGUGUUGAGAAGUAUGACCUUAGAAUACAAGGAAAGAGAAGCAUGUCACACGCUGGAGAAAGAGAAGAGCCCACCAAGCUGUCCUCUCAGUCCGUUAUCUUCAGAGCCCUGCUUCCCACACCCCCGUCAGUUCCAAGACUUAAUAUGCAGUUUGCCGGCUAACAAUCGACCAGCAGGUAGAGGGCGACGAGGGAGACGUGGAAGAAGGGGACGAGCAUCCAACCGAAGCGCUGACCUGUUGCGGUUACUGGCGAGGGAAGCCCCGGGACCUCCUAGACGGACUGGUGAACGUGGCCGCUCCGGCUCUCGCAGGGGGAGGCUGAAAAGGCUGGCAGAUUCUGUGCUGCGAAGGGACUUCUUGGAACAUCAGCAAAGGCUUUCCCAGCGCUACGAGACAGAGCGCCCUCAGCUCAGACGGUUCAGCGAGAGCAGCGAGGAAGAGGAGGAUGAGGAAGAAGAGGCUCACAGUCUACGUUCUGACUCCCCACCAAUACUGACCAAACCCACACUAAAACGGAAGAAACCUGGACCUCAUCGCAGGAGACGUGUGAGGAGGCGCAAGCACCAUCACAACAGCAGUGUUGUUACAGAAACCAUUUCUGAGACCACCCAAGUUUUGGAUGAGCCAUUUGAUGACUCUGACUCAGAGCGUCCGAUGCCAAGACUGGAGCCAGAAGAAGAAAGCAAUGGCCGUGGUGGCCCUUUACCACCAGAUUACUUCCCCUACCUCACACCACACACCCUGCUAAGACGAAACCGCCCAUUAGGCAAAAGGAGAUCCAUCAGUCAACAGUUACAAUUGUCGUCAGUACAACCGCCUGCUGCAAACCUGAGGUCUGUAGAAGAAGCAGUUACUUUGCCGGAUCCUAAUCCUCCUCCUCCUGUAAAGAAGAAAGGAUGGCCGAAGGGCAAAAGCAGGAAACCUCUCCAUUGGAAGAAGCGACCUGGACGUAAACCAGGAUUUAAGCUGAAGCGGGAUCCACCACCAGAACCAGAGCCUACACCACCUGCUCCUUCCAGACCAGGACGCAAGCCCAGGAUUAGGGAAGAAGAACCACCUCCUGCAGAAGAUAAGGUCCCUGAAGUAAAGGAACCUGAGGAGGAGGAAGAGGCACCAGUGGAAGAUAAAAAAGCUAGUGAAGAAGAGGAGCCAGCCAUUGCUACUGUGCAGCCAGCAUCGCCAUCUGAAAGCAGCAGUAGCAGUACCAGUGGCAGUGAUAUUUCCUCCCGGGAAGCUGAAAACCAUCCGGCAUCUCCAGAACCACAGAGGGACACCAUUGAAGAGCCCCAACCUAUUGCUGAGGAAGCAGAGCCGGAAGAGGAGGAGGAAGAGAGGGUGGUUGAUGAAAAGGAACCCAUAGUUGUACCAGCAUCUAACCAACAGGAAGAUCAUGAUGCAGAUGAUGAGGAUGAAGGGACAAAAGAGGCAGAUGAAAGGGAAACGUUACCACAGGAUCCUGUGCAUGAGGAACCUGAACAACAAGAACCUAGUUUGGGAAGUAGUGAAGAAGAGGAGAAGGCGGAUGGUGAGCAGGAACCAACCGAGAGCAAUGAUCAGCCUUCAUGUUUAGAAGAGGAAGAGAACAGCCCAGAAAAGAUAGAAGAGGAACCCAAAGAAGAAGAGGAAGAGGAGGAAGAGUACGGUGAAGAGGAAAACCCCCACACAGAGCUCGAUUUAGAGACUGUACAGGCAGUGCAAUCACUGACACAGGAAGAAGGGAGUGAGCGUGAUGAUGGGACCUAUGGGGAUUGUGAGGAUGAGACUCAUGCAGCUUGCCAGACUUUGCAGAGUUUUACACAGGCUGAUGAAGAUCCGCCGCUGGGUUUGUCCGACGAGUGCCAUCCCUCAGCACAUGACAGUCCAAUCUCCUCUGUUCACUCACACCCUAGCCAGUCUGUGCGGUCAGCAAGCAGCCCAAGUGUGCCUCCAGCUCUGGAGACUAAUGGAACAGGCGGGUACCCUCAAAUCAGCCCAGAUGCAGGCUCCCUCUCUGCUCCGUCUAUGCAGAAUCUGGAAACGACCAGUCCAAUGAUGGAUGUGCCCUCCGUGUCGGACCAUUCACAGCAAGUGGUGGAUAGCGGCUUUAGUGACUUGGGCAGUAUUGAGAGCACAACUGAAAACUAUGAAAAUCCCAGCAGUUAUGACUCCAGCAUGGGGGGCGGCAGCAUUUCCUCACAAAGCAGCUGUUCAUAUGCCAGUAGUGGAAACGGCAGCGGAGCAGGGGGGCUGCAGUCUUCUGCCAGCUUGGCGCAGAACGGUUGUGCCGUGAGCCAGCAAAUGGCUGGAAUGGCAAGCAUGUUGCAGACAACCCAGGCUUGUAGCAUAAAGUCUCCCCAGAGUUGUGCCUCAGAACGUCCUCCUAGCAGCAGCAGCAGCAGCAGUAACAACCAGCCGCCGCCACCUCCCCCUCCACCACCACCAUUGCCCCCGCAGCAGCCUCAGCCGCCACCACAGCAACAGCCCCCAAUGUCACAAUGCAGCAUGAACAACAGCUUUGGCCCCGGACCAAUGAUCAUGGAAAUACCAGACCAGAACAAUGGCAGCAAUCUCAGCAUCUACCCAGGGGAUUUUGGGGCUGGUGGCUAUUCGCAGCCCUCAGCCACUUUUAGCCUGGCAAAGUUGCAGCAGCUUACCAACACUAUCAUGGACACUCAUCCUAUGCCUUACAGCCACGCUCAGGCCGUCACCUCCUAUGCAAACAGCGUGUCCCUUUCAAAUUCGGGCCUGUCCCAGCUCACUUCUUCACACCCUUUGGCAGGGGGAUCCCAAGCACAAGCCACCAUGACCCCACCUCCUUCUAUGAACCUACUACCGUGUAAUAUGUCGGCAGGCAACCUUGGCAUCUCCCACAGCCAGCGUAUGCAGAGUCAGAUGCCUGUCAAGGGGCAUAUCUCUAUCCGCUCUAAAUCUGCACCACUUCCUGCUGCCCCAUCCCCUCACCAGCAGCAGUUGUAUGGGCGUAGCACGCCAGGUAUGCAGCCUGCCUCUCGGGCACUCGCCGUCCAGCGGAGCAUGAACAUGGGAGUCAAUCUUAUGCCCACCUCACCGUAUAAUGUCAACACCAUGAACACAUUGAAUGCCAUGGGUGGCUACCGCAUGUCCCAACCUAUGGUCAACAGUUCUUAUCAUAGCAACGCGGCCUAUAUGAACCAGACAACACAGUACCCCAUGCAGGUUGGCAUGGGCAUGAUGGGUGCCCAGGCCUAUACCCAACAACCUAUGCAGCCGAACCCCCAUGGAAAUAUGAUGUACACACCUCCUACUCACCACUCCUAUAUGAAUUCCCCUCCUGUCCCCAAACAGACUCUUAACUCCCCCUAUAUGAGGAGAUGAGGGGGGCAUCGGAACUACCCCAAAAGUUGUCCUCUUGCAGACUAUAAAUACGGCCUUUUAUACUGACAGGACUUUUAUCCCCUGUUCCUUAUAUCCCUUUGCUGUAGAUUUAAUAUUAUGUUUUUUAUUGUUAUUUUAUUUCCCCUUCCCCCUUGCAAAAAAAAAUAUCAUUUCGAGGGUUUUUGUUCCUGUUUUUCUCUCCAUUUUCGUGUUCACUCUCCAGUUUAUAUGAAAGAGUCGGUGGAUUAUUUAUUUUUUAUUUUAAUCCCUUCCCCCUUUUUUUUUUUUUUUUUUUUUUUUUUUUAAGAUAAUGCAAAGAAAAGACAAAAAAAAAAUGCAGGCAAAACGGUUGUAGCGGAAAAGCGCACGGAAAUAGGAAGAUGACAAAUCUCAUUUUUAGAAAUCAAAUUUAAAAGUAAAAAAAAAAAUAUAAAAAAAAUACAAAGACAAAAAAAAAUGUAACCCUGUAGCCUUAUUCCGCCGGGCUUUCACUGAGCCACGGCAACUGUACACAUUAACCGUGCGUCCGCUACUUUUUUUUUUUUUUUUUUUUUUGUGUUUUGUUUGCAUUCAUUUCCAGUCUCUAGGAUGAGGGUUGAAGGGAGAUUUAAUUUUUUUUUUUUUUUUGAGAGCUGAUAAAGGGGGAAAUACUUAGAUUCCUUGUCUCCUGCCAUGGUAAAGUACAGAUAGAGGAGGCCAUUGAGCCAUAUACAAGCUAUGGUACGUAGCAUAAGGAGUUGCUCUGUGCCACACACCUGCUACACCGUAUAGCUUGUACACUUUUCAGAGUAUACCCUCUGUUGGCCUAAUCCCCCUCUUUUGUGUACCACUUGGGCUCAUUUACCUCUCAUCCCUAUAAUAAGCACUUAUUGCCGCAGAUGCAUAGGAAAAAUUUGUCGAUUGUUAUCAGACCGAUUUUCAUUUGACUGCCCGUGUAGCUUGAGUAGUUGACGCCAGAAUCGCCACAUCAGUCACCCCCCCCCCCUCCCAUUUGUCUCUUACCGCCAGCGCUGAUCACAUCGUGUUCAGGUACAAAACCCUGUGCUUAAUAUAUCUUUAUGGUGGCCAGAGCGCAGUUUGUCUAUGCAGAGGAUUGAUUUGGAGCUCUGUCAGAAAUUCAGUGAUAAAAUUCUGCCUGCCGUCACCACUAGGUGGAGCUCACAAGCUACUUUGUGAGCUGCCAGGCUUCCUCUAGUGGUGACUGCAGGCAUCAUGGGGUUUGUCAUUCACAGCUAUAUCUAUGCAGGGGUUUUUGAAGCUGUGGCCACCAUGCAGGGUAUAUUAAGAAAUCGGCAAAUAAUUUUUUUGGAACUAUUUUUAGGUUGGGUGUAAAGUUUGAUGGCUCCUUGAUCCAUAGAUGCUGUUCAGUCUCUGAUACUAUGUCAUUCCGUACAUGCACGCCCUCGUGUACCGUGGUGGAAGUUGAUCACUACAGAGAUAACCUUAGUGUGAAAUGGUAGAAACUAUUUUUUCAUACUUUAUAUAUAAUUUUUUUUCUUCUUCCCAUCGUUUAGAUGCAAGACCCUCCCCUUCAUGUAUAUAUUGUGAUUAUAUAUUGUCACUGUUUUCUCGAGCCGGAUUCUUUUCAAAGGGCAAGGUUCACAUUUUAAUCCAUCUCCCUUUCCCAUAUAGGAUAAAGGGAGGAGGGAUUAUUACUAUGUAGUAUGGUGAUGCUGUUGACAUCGGUGCUGAUUUGUGCCUUGUCAUAGCCAUAAUGUGUGCCUGCCCCCUGUAACGCCCGCAGAUGUGACGUGACAGCGGCCGGCCGAACCCACGUCCUCACAAGACCAGUGCCUCCAUACAGACGCUUUAUGUUCCCACUGUAAUACUCAUCUCCUCCGCUUCCGUUCUCUUUACUCCCCCCCUCGCUCAUUCUCAUCCCUGGCAAUGCCGUCUUAGAUAGAUGCGUCAGGCUUAUGUAGGAAUACAUAAAAAUAUGAUCACGUUUUCAAAAGUUGUUCAGUUCCUUUUUGCCUGCACGAAGAUCAAGACAUAGACAGAGACCUCAGUCACUUUUCUGGUUCGACGGGGUAAAAGCACUAAGACUGGUGGUAAAGACCGGGUAAAAUUGGCGCCACAGGUAUUACAUGGCAGCUGAAAUGUAAAAAAAUUAUACAUUUUAUCUGUGCGCGCCAGCAUAAUGGGUCGCACUGCGGUAUUUCUGCCAAUCUUUGGUUGGAGGAGGUUAUUGGCCAAAUUUGCCAUCCGGUCGUUUGGCAUUUGCCUUUGUGACUAUUAGGAUGGUCAUGGACGCAGGAUAGUGUUUUCACUUCUGAUAGGCCUUUUUCAGUUUGUCUAACUUGCAUGGAGUAACACGUGCCGCUUAUCUCCAGGGAAUCGGUUAUAUGGGGGUCCUUACUUUUCCCUGCAGCCAGUCUUUUGAAGUAGGAUUUGCUACCCUCCCCAUAGAUGUUAGAUUGCCAGUGGAUUCAAUGGGCAGCAAAGAUCACCAGCAUAAAGGAAGUAUUGCCAUCAUAUUGGGGCUAGGAUAUGCCAUCACUUCAUGAUCAGUGAGGGUCCAGCCUGUGGGACACCCUUCGAUCACCUGCAGAAUUCCUUUGUGGCCCCUUUUGUUCUAAGGGGGUUGUCGGACUGCACCAUCAGAAAGUGAGGGCAUUCCCUAGCCUAGCUGAUACCCAUUCAAUGCGUGUUGGUGGAGCCCACCAGUGCCAGCAGGAGCCACCAACUAAACGUAGGAUCAGGCAUACUAAAUGUCAACUUUUUUUUUUUUUUUUUUUAAGUUCCUGGGAGAUAAGUGUCUUCAAAUGUGUCUAGCAGCCACUGAUCUCCAUCUCCUUAUGCGCAUGGUUAUGGUGUCCAGCUGACGGCCCGCAGGAAGUAGUACUUGUGCCCGACCAUAGGAUGAGGUCGCCUUGGCACAAUCGGUUUGUACAUAAGUUCUACAAGGAGCAGUAUUUAUAGAGUCAAGGACGCAGCCGCCAUGAGAUGGUCGUCUGUUGUGUGGCACCGUGACGCAUUCGUCCUCCACCCGUGCAUACUAGCGCUCUCCGUUCCCGUGACUUCUCGACACUGUGACUCCCUGCUGGAUAGCACUCUUUAAGGAAGGCAGUCAGUCCAUAAGACCUGUACACAGACUCGUGUCUCUUCUCCUCUACAUUUCUAGGGUUUUAAUAACAGCUGUUUCUUAAAUGGGUUUCUCCUCCUGCCUCAUAUUGUAAUUGUAUUAUUAUGAUUAUUAUUAUUAUUUUUUUAUUUUCCUUUCCUCCGGCCUUUUCUUGACGUUGUGGGGUUUGAACGGCCCCGUCUGGUUUGUAUGUAAUAAGACUUUCACCCCAAGUCCCCGGUUUCCCCCCCUCUCCCUCCUUUCUAGUAAGUGCUUUCAGAAAAAAAACUGUACAUUUUAACGUUAAAAAAAAUAAAUUAUGUUGAGACAUUUUG